AUGGUAAAAACGGCAAUUGUCACUGGUGGUGCGACAGGGAUAGGGUUGGGGAUUGUGCGACAUCUGCUCAAGAAAGACUGGCGUGUAAUCAUCGCAAGCAGUCAGUACAAGAAUUGGGAAAAUACAUCAUCGACAUUAGAUGCUUCACGAACCACGUUCUUCCAAACUGAUGUGACCUCCUGGGACUCCAAUCUCGAGCUUUUUCGAAGCGCCCACAAAUGGUCAGGAGGACGGAUUGACCUGUUUGUUGCAAACGCCGGAAUCUCGGAUCUAGAUUCCUUGAUGGGACAGACGGACCUCGACAAGGAUCCAGAGCAACCCAACAUGCGGCCAACAGAUGUCAAUCUCACCAGUGUGAUGUGGCAGUUGAAGCUUUUCAUCCAUUACUCGCGGAAAACGCAACGGGAUACCGGCACCGAUGAAAGUCGCUUCAAUCCUAAGAUGAUUAUCACAGGGUCUCUUGCAUCAAUUUACGCGUUCGCUCCCUGUGUCCAAUAUGCGGCCUCAAAACAUGGUCUGGUCGGGCUCGUCAGGUCGAUAGGGCCUCAACUGUUGCGAACAGAUAAUAUAGCACUCAAUAUGACCUGUCCGUCAUUCAUUCCCACUCCUCUAUCCCCGAAGGGGUUAAAAGAGGUGUGGCCGCAGCAUUGGAUCACGAAAGUCGACAUUGUUUGUCGAGCUGUCGACGAGCUCAGCGACGAGAAAGGCCGAGUGGUGCAGGACGGGAAGAGUGAUGGCACGGAUGGGCAGAUCAAGGCUGGUGAGGUCGUGGAAUGCGCAUUGGACAAUUUGUGGUAUCGGGAAUCGACACAGUACCCGGACGAGAGUGAAAAGUUCCUGAUCGAGGACGCGAACAAGAUGGAUGGAUUGUGGGCGCAAGCCCUUGCCGGCAAAUUUGCGCACCUCGUAAAGACAGGACCGUAG